AUGGCGCGCCCCGCCGCCCUUCUGUGUCUUGCCGCCCUCGCCCUCGGCCUGUACUUCGUCGCCCACGCCGCCUCCAAGCGCUUCCGCCAGCUGGCCCAGUUCCCGGGGCCUUGGUGGGCCGCCCACUCGCGCUGGUGGCUCGUCCGUGUAGUCAACUCUGGCCGCUCGCCCUACACCUUCGUCGAUGUCAGCAAAAAGUACGGCCCCAUGGCCCGCAUUGGCCCCAACCACCUUCUCACCACCGACCCCGACUUUGUGCGCCGCAUCCUGUCCGCCCACUCGCGCUACACCCGCGGGCCCUGGUACGACUCGAUGAGGAUCGAUCCGCAUGUCCCCAACAUCGUCUCCGAGCGCGGUGUCGCCAAGCACCACAAGCUGCGCUACCAGAUGAACGCCGGCUACGCGGGCAAGGACAUCGAGGGCGUCGAGGCCGCCGUCGACGAGCGCCUCAUGCACUUCAUCGACACGAUUGAGCGCCGCUGGGUCUCGCACCCGGGCACCACCAAGGUCUUCGACAUCGCCAAGCGCAUCCAGUUCUUCACCCUGGACAUGAUCAGCCAGCUGUGCUUCGGCCGGAGCCUCGGCUUCGUCGAGGCUGACGACGACGCCUUCAAAUUCCAGGCCACGGUUGAGUGGCAGAUGCCCAUCGUCGGCCUGUUUUCCGUCAUUAUCGAACUUAGCCACCUUUACUACUUCCUUUCCAGCAUUCCGUUCAUUCGAAGAGUUAUUGUUCCCUCGGCCGGCGACAAGAUCGGAAUUGGCCCCAUCAUGGCGAUUUCCCGCGAAGUGAUCAACGAGCGACUUGCCCCGGGCGCGGAACAAAAAAAGGACAUGCUUGGCUCGUUCCUCAAGCGCGGCCUUACCCCAGAUGAGGUCGAGACGGAAAUUUCGAUAUCCCUCAUUGCCGGUUCCGACACCACGGCCACUGCCAUGCGCGCAAGUCUCCUUGCCAUCAUUUCCAACCCCCGCGUCUACUCGCGUCUGAUGCGAGAGAUCGACGACGCAAUCGCCGCCGGAAAAAUCUCGUCUCCUAUCCGCGACAGCGAAGCCAGGAACCUUCCUUACCUUCAGGCCGUCAUCAAGGAGGGCCUUCGCCGCUUCUCUCCUAUCACUCAGCUCCGCGAGAGAGUUGUUCCGCCGCAGGGUGACACGUUCGACGGCAAAUUCAUUCCUGGCGGUACUUUCGUCGGCAUCAAUUCCUGGACCAUUCAGUGCCAUCCCGUGUAUGGCGACGAUCCCGAGGUCUUCCGGCCGGAACGCUGGCUCAUCGCCGACGAAGAGCGCUUGAAGCAAAUGACGCAGAUCCACGAGUUGAUUUUUGGCUGGGGAACCACGAGGUGUCUCGGUGUUCCCAUCGCCCUGAUGAACUUGAACAAGAUCUUCGUCGAGAUGCUCAGGCGCUACGACAUCGAGGUCAUAAACCCCCACAAACCGUGGCACAGCGAAUGUUACGGCAUCUUCUUCCAACGGGAUUUCAACGUCCGCAUCUCUCACCGGCAGGCCGGUUCCGCGUAG